AUGUGUACAUCCUUUUUUAUUUCAAUAACUACUGGCUUUCACACGCCUUUUUCUUCACGUACACACACAGACACACACACACACACACACACACACUUGCUUGCUUUCGGUGUUAUAUGCGUUUUUUGUUGUUUUUUGUUUUCUUUUUGUGUUGGCUCAAAAAAAAAAAAAAAAAAAAAAAGGAAGAGGACGGGCGCGCAGGGCGGAACGUGUGGCCAAAGACUGACUCCAUCACUGUGGGGAGAGGGGCAUAAGGACAACGCUACGGCUCUGUUUUGUAGAGGAGCGGCAAUUCAUCCACGGAUGUCUGCAAGGGGAAAAGAAGGCUCCCCAUUUUCGGAUCCUAACCGCAUGCAAAGGGAGGAAAAAAGCUCCGGCACCUCGACAAACGGCUUCUUCUCGCCCAUUCUGGCACGCAAUAGUAACUACAAUGCUGGGGGCGGUGAGACAGGUCACAUGGGCCCUUUAGAGAAUGGAGAUCUUUAUGAGAAUGGGUAUGAGAGCAUCUAUGAAAACAGCGUGGGAAAUUAUUUUGCCUUUGGACCUAUGGACAACAUGCAAGAGAUGGAUUUGGAAUAUGGAUCGCAGUUGGAAAUGGUUGACGGUUCCCCAACGGGCCUUGUGUACGGUUUGAGGGGUUCGUACGGCCCCUUUUAUGGUAUGGGGGGCUCUUAUGGCUCCACGCAUCGGCCACACACGGAGCUUGGUGUGGUGGUUAAUUUGCAAGUUCCUUACUCCUUCACUUUUCCGUCGAAUCUUGGUUGUGGGAGUUCAACCAUCCGGUUAAUGAGCGAUACAAAUGAUGAACUCGGUUCCUUUUCCGCCCCAGCAAGCCCCCCGAAUACCCCGACGCAAAUAAGUCCAGAAUCACGGUCAAUUUGGGAGAAUCUCUCCCCUGAGUCUGUUAAGAUCUUUUUUCCAGGAAGAUGUGCUGAGAAUGAGCCUGCUUUUAGCACAGGGGGUGGUGAGACGAAGAUGGAGGUGACGUUGUCUGACUUGGAUGAAUUGGAAUCGAUUGUAUGGGCCUCCCAAUCCCCGGCAAAAGAGAAAGACACCCGCAUAAAGACGCUUGUGCUUGUCGAGAAGGACGAGGAACUGACGACCGCAAGCGCCGCAUUGAAGGUUGAUGGCGAUACCGUCACGUUGAAGCAGAUGAAGUACACUCCAGACGAGGUCAUAAUUACGGACGGAGAAAGUAAGAGAGAGAUUCAGUCAAAUCUCGUCUCCAAUAUGGUCGACGGUUUUUUGCUUGGUCACAAUGCAGCACUUCUGGUCUCGUGGGACGCAAGGGCGCCAACGGCACCGGACAGACUGGUGCUGUCGACGCUGAAGCUUAUUGUAGCACGGCUCGAGGCGCGAGAGAAGAGUGCGGAUAGGCAGGUUUCCAUGUCGUUGACCCUGGAUUCUUUGCACGGGAAUAACGUACGAGAUUUACUCUCUUCGAACACCCCGACAACUGCCGGGGCGGCAAUUUUGUUUGGACGCUCCCCCAUUUUGGGUUCGAUGGUUCUCGACACCACUGCCGUGGAUAUCAAGACGGCCGAAGACUGCGAAAGGCACAUGAAAACCGCCAACGACAAGAGGACCGACGUGGAUCGGCUUAUUCUUGGGACAUUGCUGUUGAGGCAAUGGGACAAGAAGGAGAAGGAUGUACUUCUUUCUUCGCUAACGAUUGCCAUUUCAGAAGACGGGACAAUACCUUUUGUGGACGUGGUGCGGAGGUGUGCGGCCAAAACUGCCGAGCCUCUUUGUUGCGCCAUUAACGGACCCUGCAUUUCAGUCCACGCUCUCUGCAUAUAUGAAACGAACAUCAUUUGUGAGGAAAUGCUGCGGCACGCAGAGGAGAUUGGAAAGAUGGCGAAUAAAUCCCCACACAGCGGCAGCGUACUUCAUUUUAUUGAGGCAGUUGAGGCGCAUCAGGUUGAAUUGAAUAAAAAGGCACAAGAAUCCAACACAAAUAGCCAUGGAUUUGCUUGCUUCCUUGAAAACGUCAUUAAGGACUUGAAACAGCUGCUGGAGGAGCCGGAAAAUGCCAAUACGCUGGUGUUCAGAGUCAUGUCAGAAUAG